UAGACGAUCCCUUACACCAAGUCGUCUUUCUCCUAGAAGCCAGCAGUUACAUGUGACAUCAGGUCGUUACAGGAAUGGCUUCUACCCUUGCGCUCUUUCCGCAACCUGGCGCAUUCUACCUAACUCGCCAAGCGCAGCCGCAACGGCUUACCAUUUAUUGGCCAUCCGGGGCACCGCCAAGGCGACCUUACCAACGGUGCCCUGCCGCUGAACCCUUGCCUGCAGCCCGCACCAUAGCUUGCCGAAGCGCAGCCCAUCUUGCGCAACUCGUGGCAUACGUGGCACCCGUAUGCUUUAACCAGGCUUGUCAGGAAGCCUCCGACCGCGCCUUCCUCAUCACCCUCUCCAUACCGCUGCUGGUAGCAGCUAUAGCGGCCGUAACGUGCCUACGGCCGCCCCCAC